AUCGCACAAGUCUCACACAGUCUUCCUCCUCGCCAAGUCCUCAACCCAAAGAAAUUUCCAGUAAUAUAUCAGUAUAAACACACCACAGUCAUGCCUAGCUUAGCCGAAGCCGAUAAAUCCAAACCCUACGUCCCUCUUGCCAACCUAACAGGCGACGGUUGGUCGACCGAAGAUGAAGCAACAGCAACAUGCUUCUGUGGUGCAGUUCAGAUAGUAGUUCCAACCAACGCCCCAGGUCUGAUCAACACAUUCGUCUGCAACUGCUCCGACUGCCACAAACUCACUGCCUCAAUGUUCGCCUCCAACUUCACCGUCGCCGACGAGAACACCAAGUGGGUGCGUGGCAAGGAGAACCUAAAGACUUUUGCACAAAGUCAUACCAUUGCCUCGAAGGGCGUCAUGACAAAUUACUUCUGCUCCACGUGCGGCACUCUGAUGAACCGUGUCGGGUCGAAGUAUCCAGGGUUAAACUUUUUGCGGAUCGGGACGAUUGAUGAUUUGAAUCUGGUUGAGACCAAGUUCAAGCCGCAAAUUGAGCAGUUUACUAAGGAUCGUGUGUUCUGGUUGCAACCGCUGGAAGGGAAACUGAAAGAUAUCAAGAACUUUGAUGCCAUGUUCCAUUGA